UUGUUCGAAACCUGCCUUCCGCCAUGGAAGUUCUUUACGAGUCAGCAAAUUUUUCGACAAAAUGACUAGCUCAGUUGAAGUAAUUGAAGAUAAUUCGCAAUUGAACGAAAAUGAAACUAACAUGGAUUUUGCAACUUCUGAAAAACAAGAAGCACGUGCAUUUUUACGUGAACGAUUUCUACGUGUAAUUACUGGAAUUGUUGGCAAACAAGCAGAUUUUUAUUUAUACGAAAAUACGCGGGUUUCUGCCGAGUUUAGAGGUUGUGAUGUGGAAUGCUUGGAAGUAUAUACACGGAACUUGGAAACACCAUUGGGCAAGAUUCCAGAAGCUGUUCUAAGAACAAGUGACAUUAUUUAUAUGGAUAUGAAUGAUAUUAAUGUAGUAGAAUAAAUUUUCAAAAUACAGAUUGCCAAAGUUCAAGUGGCUUCGUCGAAUAAAGCUUCGACCCAUCACAUCUCGAGAUCGAAUAAUUUUGACGUUGAGCCAAAAGAUACGAGGAAUUUAAAAAUUAACAAGGAAACGAAAUUGCAAAAGGAAUUCGAUUUUGGGAAUGAAGAGAGAUACAGGGAAGAUUUGCAGGAUUUUUCAAAGGAACAGGGAAAGUCAUCGAUCGUUCACUGCAGAGCAAUCCGAGAUGUUUACAUACCAGAAGUGAAACGGAACCUACCAGCUGUGGCGUGUAAAUUUGGGAACAAUACCUUCAUUUUAUCGAGCGAAAGAUUUCUUGAAGAUCGACGAUUAUAUCUCGAUAUAAGAAUCGACGAGGAUAUAUUUGAAAAUAUAAAAUAUGCGUCGAAAAUGUCCAGAACCAACGAAUCAAAUAUGAUAUCUGCGUUGCUCGUUUUAAACACGGCUAAUAACAAUUACAGGAUAGAAACGCAUAAAAUUGCGUCCGACGAGGAAGAAUUUAACGAGACAGAGGGAAAUCGAUAAAUUAUCGGACGAGUAUAAUUGCGUGGAAGAAUAUCCGGUGGUAAUUUUCAAUUAUCUUCUGGUAAUUAAAUAAUGAUCAUGUAUAAAUACGAUAAUUGUGUUUUUAGUCAAUAGUUGGAACGAAAAAAUAAACUACUUUUUAUAAAUGUAA